GUCCACGUUCCUGAAGGCAUUUGCCUUCCAGACUACGUGUGCCGCGUCCUUGAACUUGGACCAAAAUUUGGGAUAGGCUCUAAAAGGACAAAUGCCGAGCUUCUUUCUGUUGUACGUCAAGUUUCGAAGCGGGUUCCUGAAGAUGAAGCACAUAAGCUCAAUUCUGAGGGAGUGAAUGUCCUGAAUCGGCAUAAGCCUUCAUCCUGUGGUCUUCCGGUGAAACGUGUUUCAUCCUUUCUUAAAGAUCACUCUCUCUGUGUCCUUUCCGCGGAUAAGGAGGGCGGGUUUGCUCUAUUUUCACGCGAGUGUUUCUUUAGAAAAGCUAACGAUGCUUUGUCAGCCGUUUUUAAUGAGCAUAGGUCAGUUUCCUUGGCUAAAGUAAAGGCACGUGCGGUGCAACUUUGCAAGAACCUGGGUCUUGAUAAACUGCGCAAAGGUAUCGAAAAAUCUGAUAGCAUGUCAUUAGAUGUAUUCUUCAGUGCCAAAACACACAAGGAGGGGAUACCUUUUAGAGUCAUCAUUUCGGAGCAAGGCACGUGGCAAAAGCAAGUCGCUUCCUAUCUAAAUGACAUGUUGAAACGGCUGGAAAUAAAAGAUCCAUUUCUGGUAAAGAAUUCUAAUGAAGUGAUUGAAUUUCUCAAGGCCCACGCAGACGUUGGGUUGAAAGCCUUUUCAGUUGAUGUGACAGAUCUAUAUUAUUCCUUGCCACAUGAUGAUUUGUUACGUUGCGUCGAGGAAUGCAUUGAUGAAUACGGAUCCGUUAAGUUUUCCUGUGAAGCUGGUAUCUCCGUCGACAAUUUUCUAGAAAUGCUUAACUUUUAUCUCUGUUCGACAUUCAUUCAAUGGAAUAGCAUUCCCUUGUUACAAAAGAAAGGAGUCUGUAUCGGCUCCUGUCUUGCACCGGUGUUAAGCGAUUUGUUCUUAGCAAAAAUUGACCAUGGCCUGUCCCAUCGCCUAGAUUUUUUUAGCAAAUGCGUGCAAAUUUUUAGAUAUGUAGAUGAUUUUAUUGUGUUCCUGGAUUGCUCCUUUGAGCAGCUACAAAAAGAGAGUGAUGACAUCGUAUCAGCUAUACGUAAUUGUCUUUCUCCCCUUGUAGUGACUGUCGAAAUGCCUGCUAACGGUACCAUUAGGUUCCUAGACGUGAAAUUAGUGUUCACUGAUCACCGCACAUGUUGGUGUUAUGCACCCAGAGCUAACAAAGCGCUUUUAGCAUUUCAUUCUAACCAUUCUAAACUGAUAAAACGUAGUAUUACUAAGAUGUGCCUCAAUAACGCACUUGAUAAGUCCUGCUGCCAUUUAGUGCCAUCCAGCUUCAACGAACAAGUUUCAAGGCUUUUAAAGUCCGGUUACCCAACUGAUGUGUUGGUGUCAGUCGCAGAGGGUGUCCUUCGACGCAAGAAAACCAGUAUUGGUUCUUCCAACGCGGAUGCUAGGCCUCCUUUUCAGAAGCGUAAUGUAGCAGUUAUCCCUCAUAUCCAUCAAGUGUCGCACAAUCUGAAGAAACUAGCUGCUCGGGACAAUGUACAAGUUGUUUUCUCAGCACCUAGCAAGCUGGCAUUGCAGGCAACAGUUACCACCAACAGCACAACCAUGACCAGCCCGGUGGCAUCGUCGCAGCUCAUCGUGUACCCACAACGUACGCCUAAGUCCUUUCAUGGCGAUGCAUUCGAAGAUGUCGAAGAUCGUGCUGCUGAGUUUCACACCAAGGCGACGACCAUAGAAAAGGCGCUGCAGCAACGUGCCCAUGACUACAAUCGCGAUGUCAGCAGUGCACCAGCCGACCUCCUGUCAGCAGGCCCAGGCAGCAACACCUAUGCGCUAAGAAAACUGGUGCGAUCCAUCGUAAAGGAAGAGCUUCGAAAGCUGCAGCCACCGCAAGCCACGCCGACAGUUUCAACUCUCGCCGCCGUCAUUCGCGAUGAAGUUCGGCAUGGCAUUCUGCAGCCAGGAUUUGAGGCACCGCCUGUACAUCUCAAGCAAGCGCCACCGCCCCCAGUAACCGCCAGCCGACUCCGCGCAGUGGACCCCUUCUAG